AUGGAUGGAGGCAGCGGCUUGAACAUCCUCUACGUCGACACCCUUGACGCCAUGGGGAUAGAUCGAGAAUGCCUUCGACCCUCAGGGGCUCCCUUCCACAGCAUCGUGCCAGGGAAGCAGGCGAUACCGCUCGGGCAGAUCAACUUGCCUGUGACAUUCGGGGAUUCUUCCAACUUUCGAACGGAGACCCUCACCUUUGAGGUGGUUGGGUUCAAGGGAGCCUACCACGCCAUCUUGGGAAGGCUAUGUUACGCGAAGUUCAUGGCCAUCCCGAAUUACACAUACCACAAGCUGAUGAUGCCGGGUCCCCGCGGGGUUAUCACCGUGGGGUCGACGACCGACGUCCCCAACGAGGCGCCCAACUCCAACUGCAAGAUGGGGUCGUUCGAGCCGACCAAGGACAUCAAGGAGGUACCCCUCGACCCCUGGGGUGGGUAG